AUGAUGAAAAAAGUGCUUUUGGUGAUCUUCAUAGCCAUACAUCCUUUGUGUUAUGAGGCAAUUGAAUUCCAAGAAGUUCGAGUUUCCAAAUUUAAGUAUAAUUUGAGAGUUCGAGAUUUUGGAGAUUUUACCAUUUUGGAUUCUAGACCUCUUCAAAUAGUUUUUGAAGAUAUCGAUGCUAUAACUGUCCAGUGCUGGUAUAAACACAAGAAGUUAAUUUCACAACGUCACGGUGAGAACUUUUUUAGCAAUGGGACUACUAUUAUCACAAUUAAUGAAGUUACGAGUGACAUGAGUUGUAAAUGGAGAUGCAACUUGUCAGAUGUUAAUAACAAUAACGUUGUUUAUUCAUUUAAAAUUCGUAUUAAAACUGCAAUUCCUGCUUUUAUUGAUACAACCCUACUGCAGUAUACGUUGGCAAAUGUGUCGGAAUACGAUGGAUUUAAUGAAUAUUUUUGUGAAGAGCGUGAAACUAUAAAUUUGUAUUGUCAGAAACCUUUUAAGGCCAGUAGUUUGACCCUAAGGUAUUACAAUGCGAAUGGUACUAAAAUUAUUGAAACUGAUAAUGUAGAUAAAGACAAAAAUGCCGAAGAUAAACUAACUUUCCGUGUAUUAAUGAGGCCAGAAACUAAUAGAUCUUACGUUGAAUGUACUUUGCUUACUGCUGCUGCGGACCAAGAUAAACAACGAUUUACAUACAGAAUUAUCUUCAUCAUAAGGAAAGAGCCUGUCAAGAACGACUAUUUCACCAUUACUAUAAACGACAUGAAAUUAAUAUCGAAGCCUGUUAAAGUAAACAAUAGAGAUAUUUAUUACUACAAUUUCAUUUACGGUGAAAUUUUAACGAUCACUUGUGAAAAGAAAGAAAAAGACACACUGGCUCAGAUAGAUAUGGGUAUUCAAUUGAGCCCUACUAUGACACAAGACGGUAAAUUUAUUAAUCCGAAAGGUAUUGAGAAAACCCAGUCUAGUUAUACACUGAUCGUUGAAACCACUUACUUAGAUCGAGCCCAAAUCGAAUUUUCUCUACAAAAUUCUGAUAGUAAACCGUUUUUAGGGGCUAUGAUUAACUUUUAUGUAGAAUCUUAUGAUGGCCCAGCUAUAGUAGGUCUACCUGCAACUGAUAUGCUUUAUCAAUUUAGUAAAAAUUAUGACGAAUGGGUUGCGCACUACCAAUACACACCGAAUGAGACAUUGCUUCUCACCUGUAUCACCAUAACAAAUAAAGCACUGCGAUGGUUAAGCGAAAAUAAACUUGUCGGGAUGACAAAAGGAGAAAAUAAUAAAGUUGGGAUUAAGUAUAUAAGCGACAAUUUCACUUUGAACCAGAAUGACAUCACUUGUCAGAUGGUGGACACGAGGAAAAAGUCAUGGACACUUGUAUUUCAUCAGAAGCUAGACUUAUCUCCUAUGGAUCCACAUAAAAAUAUUUCAGACAACGCGUUAGAUGGACCUCAGAAGCUAUUUGUGAUUAUAGGUUCUACGGUGGGUGUUCUUUUGGCCAUACUAAUCACUGCUCUCCUUGUGUUUUGUUGGUACAGGAGAUACAGAAUCACUAAUCAAAAAGAUAAACCAUCAACGAAGUUUAGUGAGACCGAUAAUCCAUUAUCAGAUGUUUUAAACCAAGGGAACAAUGGCGAAUAUACAUAUAUUGCUAACGAAUACAAUUAUAUUAAAAGCGACUAUAGUUCUAUCACCUUUAAUUCUUUAUACUCUAAGUACAUGUCGGAUACAACUUACAGUGGUCAUACCGAAAACCAUUAUACUGAAAUAGAUGAUUACUCUCGAAAGAAUACUGACAACUUAGACUCUGCCAACAAUGUAACUUGCGAUAAUAAUAAAUAUGACUAUGCAUCCUGCAGUAGAGACCAUAGUUAUAAUAACUUGUAA